AUGGAAUCCGACAUAGAUAUGUUUAUUAAAUCCACUGGAAGAGAAGUAUCAUCGGAUUUCCCAAAAAGUGGUGAUGCUACACAGUCGGCUCCAAGUAAUGUUUUCGGAGGUUUAUCCGGAAACCAACUAUAUUAUUCUAUAGAGAUAUUGCAAAAACCAGGAGAAGAAUGUUUAGAUUCUGAAAGUGACCUUAAAGAUUCAGAUAUAAGUAACGAUCACUCUAUAUCGACCAGUUGUACAAGUUUAGCUGAAAACAACGCUACAUUAUCAGAAGGCGGCGCAUUGGGCAAAUCAUUAGCCGAUAUUCAGCAAUCAGACAAAUCGCCAAAGGUCAGAUCCAAAAAUACAGGGUCGGAGGGUACGACAAAAGUGCCAGAUAUGAACUGUGUAGAAACCACAGAUAAAGACCAUCAGACUGACAACAAGAGUAAUAAAACAGAAAGUCUUAGAAUGUUUGGUAAAGGCUCGACGGAGGACGUUAGUAAAAGCCUACUGGGAAACAUGACUAAGAAAUUUAGCAACCUGUGCGAAAUCCUGGAUACGGAAAAGCUUAAGCUCAAAAAGCUGGACCAAGAGUUGAAAAUAUCAAAAAUCUUACACAGCAAAGACUUUAACAGAGACCUGAACUUGUCGAGAAAUGUAAUGGAGAAAGAGACGACACUGAUGGAGGACCUCAAAGGCUCAGCAAAGUGUGACGACGUAGUGGAGUACCUAGCGAAGAAGAAGAGAAAGAAGAAGACCAGUAAGUCAAAGUCGCAAGACUCCAAGGGAAAAAAGAGUAAAAAGAAACGUAGAUCUUGUUCGCCAAGUAUUUUGUCAAUUCUAGAAGCAUUAGAAAAAGGGGAUCCAUUGGAUAGCCAUAGGGAGAGUACAUCAGGAGAUGAAGUAAAAAAUAGACAUAGACGGAAGAGGGCAGAAAUUGAGGAAUAUAGUACGAAGGAGCAAUCUGAUUUUAAUGAGUAUUUGACGGACAAGGGGGAGAAUCCACUCCCGACCCGGACGUUGGAUGCAUCGAAAGAAGAUACGCCAAAAACAAACACCACUUCAGUGGCAGCAGUAAAGAAUGAUAAAUCAUUGAAGCUCUUAGGUCAGAAAGCUAGGACUGAGAAAGCGUUGAAUCCAUCAGAACAGAAAGCUAGGACUGAGAAAGCGUUGAAUCCAUCAGAACAGAAGGCUAGGACUGAGAAAGCAUCGGCUCAUUCAGAGGCAAAAACCGGCACAGUGAAAACGUUGACGUUUGAGGAGUCAGCAACAAGCACUGAGAGAGCAUUUGCCGAGCCAGAGAAUGCCACGUACAGGGAGACUGCCACGGACAGCGAGAGUGUUACGGACAGAGAGUUUAGAAGAGCAGUGAUGGACACAGAUGUGCUGGAAAACCUGGAUAAAAUGGGAGGAAUCAAGUAUGAAACGGGCUCAGUGGACCUGAGAAGAAAGUACAGAAGCUUCGAAAGACUGUGCUUCGGACUAGGAUGCACAGUGCCGCCGACGAAACAGGAGCUGGAAAUGUGCUCACAACUGUCACUCUGGGGAGAUGACUCAUCACUCUCGCAGUACGAGACGAGCGUGUACCAGAGCUGCCUGCUGAGGUCAAGGGCGUUCGAGAGUAUCUGGACAAAGUUCUGCAACCGAGUAAUAGGAAUGAUCAGAAGAUACACGCUGGAGGGACUGAAAAACCUGCUGAAAAUAGUUAACGAAGAACACCUGGUGGAGCCCUUCCUGAAGGUGGUGCAGGUGGACCUGGGCUCGGACAGACAGGACCAGCAGCUGUUCAUAAGCAUCCUGCAGGAGGAGCUGACCCAAAAGCUGAGCAGCAAACAAAUACUGCUGAAGCUGACGGUGAAGAACAACGACACAGUGGACGACGCGGUUAACCAGAUAUACAUACAGAUGUACCAGCUGCUGUUGCUUAAGGGAGAAAAGAGCUGGAACGACACGCACUUCUCAGGAGAUAACCUGCUGAACGGACUCGUUAACCUGUACGAAAACUACUUCGCGGACCACGAGCUCCUGGUCAUCAUAGACAAGAUUAACCCGAUUAUCAACGACAUACUGUACAUGUUCCAGAUGCUGAAGAGAAGAAGGCUCAUGAGAGUCAACAGCGUGCUGCUGGUCUGCUCGAACAACGAAUACCUGGAGAGGUACUGCAACAGCCUCAUCUACAGCAACCUGGGCAUCUUCGAGUGCAGCAUGUUCAUGAUCUCGUGCCUGGUCGACGACAUCGUGCAGGUGCUCCUCUACGACACGAAGGUGCAGGACUUCAUACCCAACUUCAGGAUGGUGAUGGAAAUCUACGACACAUUCGCGAACCAGGACUCGUCGCUGACGCUGAUGAUCCUGAGGGUCUACCAGCUCUACGAGCAGUACUACAACAAGCAGAUCUUCAGCCACCUCUCAAUCGUGCCGCCGUUCGUCUUCGAGUCGGGGGGCGGCGCCGAGGACAAGUACGACAUAGUGAUGGACCUGAAGGCGGCCUUGAUUAUGCCAGGGCUAUUUCGCCACCGCCACGGAAGCGGCCUACCUGUCGACUGCAACAUGGCGACCACCGAAAACAACAAUUUGACAACCACCAGCAACAUAUUUACAAACACCAACAUAAACACAGACACAGUAUCAAACAACAAUAUAAACAUAGACACAGUAUCAAACACCAACAUAAACACAGACACUGGAUCAAACAACAACAAUAGCUUGUUGCCGACUAACAAAAACACUAGCAAUCAAGUACACACAGUCACUGAUACAAGCAAUAGCAAUAGUAACAAUCAACAGAACACAAACUCAACAACACAACAUAAAAGCAACGAUAGUGUUCGCAGUGUAAAUAACGGUGAUGAGAAGACAUCAGGCGCAACAGAGGCAGGAUCAGGAGCCUCAGGAGAGACGAUGGGAUAUAUGGUAGAUUUGGAUUACAAGGAUAACUCAGAAGUAGAAUUUGAGCAGUACGGAGACACGAAUAGAAUGUCAAUGUUGAAGAGGGCGAAGAGGAUGUACAGCGUGUACUCACUGCUCUCAAUAAGCAACAACAUGAGCGAAAACUACGUGGCAUAUCUGGAGCUUAAGCUGGUGGAGGAGCUGGACCUGCAGAAGGUGAUUUUGGAGCUGCUGCCACUUAACACACUGAUACUGAUGCAGAGAAGGAUCCUGUUCCAGCUGGGAGUCAACUUUCUGUACAAGCUGCUGGUAUUCAUCCCGGACUCAGCAAUACCGACACACAGAAUAACGCACAUCAUCGACGCAAUGCCCAUGUUCGACCCGAAGGCAAGCGACGACGCACCGGAAGAACUGGAAAAACCACUGAGGGACCUGAUCAAGAGAGUCGUCAAGUACAUACAUAAAAAGUGCCACCUGAACCAGAAUAAGAGGGAGGGCAUUGAGCUGCUGAAAAACAUACUCGAGAGCUUCAACUGCCACUACAAGUCGGUGAUACAGACGGCGAUGGACAUACAGCUGCUGCUCGACGGAGGAAGGAACGUGUACGAGACCGACCGCAUGAUCAACGAGUUCAGCACGAUCCUGGACAUUAAGAUGCCGAUACCGAAGCUGGUGAAGGAGAUACGCCACAAACUGCACCUGUGCUUCUUCCCGCUGAUCGUCACCUUUAAGCUUUCGGACACCCUGGUGGUGCAGCCGUACACAAACGCAUUCAGAACGACGCCGAGUGCGCAGAUGGCGCCCACGCCAGCGCCGGCCACGACGACGCUGACCACGAGCGCGCCCUCGGCGCCCCCGGCCCAAGGAGAGGCGGCGAAGGACUCGGUGGACGAGAAGGACAUCAUCCUGUACAUCCACAAGUACAUCCGCUACAAGAUCAUCAACAUGUGGAAGCUCUUCAUCAUAUACUACUACAUCGCCACCACGAGGCAGGGGCGCCCUGUGAAGCCGCAGGGCCUCGUGGAGAUCUACGUCAAGUUCAACGUGAACAUAGAGCUCCUCGAGAAGAUCCACAGGAUCGUCCUCCUGAGCCAGAACACGAGCGCCGCGCUGGCCUCCAAGGACUCGCUGCGGAGCCUGCAGGAGAAGAAGCUGCCGGAGGGCGACGUGCAGCUCUGCCUGCUGAUGAAGAACUCGCUGUCCAACAUCAACGUUAAGUUUCUUUAA